GGGAGCGGCGGCGGCGGCGGUGGUGGCGAGGGCCUACGGCCGAUGGACGCGGAGCAGCUGCGGGAGUGCGGGCACCGGAUGGUGGAUUUCGUCGCCGACUACUACAAAUCCAUCGAGGCCUUCCCCGUCCUCAGCCAAGUCCAGGCACGCCAUCUCCGCUCCUAUAUACCCUACGGCCUCCCUACCUGCAGUGUUCAGAUCACUCAUUGACUGCUCACAAGUCACAUGCUGCAUGCUAGCGUUACUCUGUCACCUGGAUGGUGCUCUAUGUUUUCGUACUCGUAUGAGUGAGUGCCAUGCAUGUUGUGUAAAUGCGGGCAUGUUUGUAAGUCGCCACAAAUAGCCGGACUUGUAUGUCAAACAAACCGGCUAUGCGGGGUUAUUAGGCUAUUGUGUGGUUUAAGGUCGGUCAAAAGUGUGGCACGUUAAUUCCAAAAAAAAGUGUGUCAAGUUGGUCCAAUUGUCUGCGUCAAAGUUGUGAUAGCUGUUUUGUUCCACACAAAAAAGUGUGGUAUCCUACACAUCUCAUGUGCGAUGUGCCACAUCUCUUUGAAGCAAUUUUCCAGUGUUCAUGUCUUAACCGAAUAGGCUCCAAGUAUUCGUGUUGACAUGAGGCAAGCUGGGGCUAACUUGUCACACUUCUGCCUGACGCCAAAUUCCAAAACAAGAAUUACUCAAAUGGAACGUAGCAUGUAAGUUUCACAGUGGACAGUUCAUGUCCUGUAAUUGUCUCUCUUGCCAAAUUCUUAAAUCUCUGUUAGAGUGGACAAAAUUCAGGAGCACAAGGGCCAAAUAAAUAAAUAGUUUUACAGAAGAGUUUAAGUGUAUGGGCGCUUCAAGAGAGUCAUAAAGAAAAUAGAUAGAGCUACACAAGUCCACAAAACAACCUUAACGUUCUGUUUUAUCUUGUUGUAAUUUUAGCCGAGGCACUUUGCUCCCAUCCAGGUCCAUGUGCUUGCUUCCUCCUUAAUCUUGGAUAGUUGUGUGGUCGUGUGGUAGUAGUUCCUCUGCAUUUUUAUUUUGCCUUUUUGCAUUACAGCAUUAGUUCCAUAGAUCGGCCGCAUACCAGGAUGCGGAUAUUGCUUCUCUUGGUUCCCCUAACCAAUGUUAGGUUCAUCCACCAUUCGCGAAGAGUCGUGUGUGUACUCCAGGAGGCAUGUUGAAGUGUUAUGUAUGCAGCCACUGCUAUACUGCAUUCCAGAUGCGUGGCAUGCACGCGUGUAGAAUAUCUACAUGCAGAGAAGAGAUGUACUGCUGUUUCUGGUUUGCAUCAGCAUAGAGGACAGGUUGAUUGGUUAGGCCAUCCUAUUGCGCCUUUCUACGGCUCUUUCCAGUUCAAGCUGUUCACUACAGGGAAAAACUAUGAUGUGUUACGUAAAGGAUAUCUAAAGGAACUUCUUCCAGAUACAGCCCCAAGCAAACCUGAUACUUUGGACGCCCUUUUUGACGAUAUUCGGGAGAAGAUAGUACCGGGAGUAACCCAUUGGCAAAGUCCAAAUUAUUUUGCCUACUAUCCUUCCAAUAGCAGCACUGCUGGCUUCCUUGGGGAGAUGCUGAGUUCUGCCUUUAACAUUGUCGGCUUCAGUUGGAUAACUUCUCCUGCUGCAACUGAACUAGAGGUUAUUGUCUUGGACUGGUUUGCAAAAAUGCUUAAGCUUCCAAGCCAUUUCCUUUCAACUGCGCUUGGUGGAGGUGUAAUCCAGGGUACUGCCAGUGAAGCAGUUCUAGUUGUACUCUUGGCUGCACGAGACAGAACAUUAAGGAAGCAUGGGAAGACAUUCCUUGAAAAACUGGUGGUUUAUGCAUCAGAUCAGACACAUUCUGCUCUGCAAAAGGCAUGCCAGAUUGCAGGGAUUUUCCCAGAGAAUUUCAGAGUUAUAAAGGCUGACUGCAAUACAAACUAUGCUGUUGCACCUGAAGCAGUUCGUGAGGCCAUUUCCACAGACUUGUCAUCUGGCUUGAUACCAUUUUUCAUCUGUGCAACAGUUGGCACGACAUCAUCGUCAGCUGUGGACCCCUUGCCUGAGCUUGGACAAAUAGCAAAGGCCCAUGACAUGUGGUACCACAUUGAUGCUGCAUAUGCUGGAAGUGCCUGUAUAUGCACAGAAUACCGACAUCACCUCAAUGGAGUUGAAGAAGCUGAUUCAUUCAAUAUGAAUGCACAUAAGUGGUUCCUCACAAACUUCGAUUGUUCCUUGCUAUGGGUGAAGGACAGAAGUUAUCUCAUACAAUCGUUGUCUACAAAUCCAGAGUUUCUCAAGAAUAAGGCUUCCCAAGCAAAUUAUGUUAUUGAUUUCAAAGAUUGGCAAAUUCCACUUGGGCGCCGUUUUAGAUCACUUAAGUUAUGGAUGGUCUUGAGGCUUUAUGGCAUAGAAAAUCUGCAAAGCUAUAUCAGAAAAAACAUUGAGUUGGCCAAACAUUUUGAACAACUCAUAAUCUCUGAUUCAAGAUUUGAGGUUGUGACUCCAAGGACAUUUUCACUCGUUUGUUUCCGCCUUCUGCCCCCGGCCUCUGAUCAAGACGAUGCUCGCAAACUGAACUAUGAUUUAAUGGAUGCCGCUAACUCAAGUGGGAAGAUCUUCAUAUCUCAUACGGUUCUUUCUGGCAAGUUCGUCUUGCGGUUUGCAGUAGGUGCGCCGCUUACAGAGGAGCAACACGUCUUAGCUGCUUGGAAGCUUCUACAAGCGUUCUCGAUCACUUGGCAGCACAACUCGCCUGGAACGCGUCGCGCAGCUCUCCCGGUGAUUCGCUCACGCGAGGUCGCGAUGCGCAGCUUACUGAAUCGCUCAUCUCUCUGCUCUUGGAACGUGACGCAUAGCUGCGGGCUUUUCUCUGUUGAUUAAAUAGGCAGUCGGCACGAGGAUUACAUGGGCUGUUAGCCCGACUCUUCAGCCACGAACUCAAACGUGCCA